AUGUACGUGUACGUCUGUUACCUGUAUGAAAUGCAAAAAUGUCUGGGUCUGCAAACUUGUGAUGCUAAAAUGUGCAUGAUGAAAACACUUUCGAAUGCAGUCUGGCAUGAGAACUUCCCAAAACGCUUUCUCAUAGGCAAUCCGCAUGAGAAGCUGCGUUUUUGCAUGACAAAAGAGGCUGCGACUUUUGUUCGUUAUGCAAUACAGAUUUUCUAGGUAUGGAAAGCUAGCAUUACAAGUCCCAACCUUCCAGACCCAGACAUUUUUACAAUCCAUAACCUGCACCCCUUGACGAUGGCGCGGCUGGAGCGGGAAGAGAAAGAGCAGGAGAUGGCGCAGGCGGCCUCCGAUUGGGCGAGCCACUACAACGUGCAACAGGCGGACUAUACGUCGGCGCAAGGGGGGCUCUUUGGCGUGACGCCGUCCGGCGGUUUGCCGAACAACCGGGGCACGCACGGGGGAGUGUGGGCCGGUCCUUCCUCUUUUCGCGGCACGGCGGCCGAUAUUCAAGUAGAGAAAAAAACUGUCUUGGUACAAGUGUAGCUGGCCUGGGAAUGAUCGUGGCUACAGCAUAUAUAAAUUUGCUCUGCAUGACAGAGAAAUUAUGUUAUCCUGUCAUGCGCCGCGCCUAGUAUCAGUGAACGCACGUUCGUAUGAAAGAAAGGAAGACUAGGACACUAUGCCUGGCUUCUAGCAUGACGAGUGAUAUAUUGUGUGAGUACAACGUGCGUAUCAUUCAUUACAGACUUACACCCGACGCACAGUUUAUUUUUUUUUUUUGCAUAGCGAUAGCUGGCAGCGGGCAGCCGUCCUGGGGCGGACCAAGCUCCUUCGCCGGAAUAUGACACCCUCAGAAUGGAAAUCCUCAAAGUGGAAAUAAUUUGUGAUGCAUGAAAUGCGACACCAAAAAGACUGUAUUGCAGAGAACGCAAUGGAGGCCGACUACGGUGCUUUACGGGUUCAGAAUUGGGCCGGUGAUUAGCAUGAGAGAAUGGCACCCCUUUGCCUGACUAGCAUGAGAGACACAUUUUGAGUGCCCGGGAAAUUUGUCAUGCGCCGACUACAAAUGGUGCUCCAACUGGACUCGUUUUUUUGCAUUACAAAUUAUUUUCACUUUGAGGAUUUCCAACCUGAGGCUUUCAUACGGAACGGCUCGGGGCGGUGGAGGGGACUGGUCCUCGUGGAACGGGGCCGGACAGUACGGCAGCGGCGCCGGG